CGCGCACUCGCCUCGGCCGCCCCGGAAGAAGAAAAGAAACCACCCGCAUCCUCGUCCUUUAAUUAAAUGCAAUCCGUUGUGCGUCAGCGUUUCUCCUCCUCUGCGGCCUUCCGCUCUUCGCUACUGCGUCGUACCGCAUCGUCCAAGGCGGCAGUCGAGCCCGUUUUCGACAAGCGCGACGGCUCCAAAGGCGAGAUCGACAGUGCGCGUGCCUUCAUCGAGUUCAAGCGCGAAGCCGAUCCGUACCGUGAUGUGGGCGAGCGUGUGCACGACUGGAACGAGAUCAACACGCCUCGUCGCGACCCUAUCGAGCGUAAGAUCCAAGCUGCUCGCUGCAUGGACUGCGGCACCCCAUUCUGCCAGACCAACACGGGUUGUCCCGUAAAUAACCUCAUCCCAGAGUGGAACGAGCUCGUCUUCCGUGACGAGUGGAAGGAAGCCAGCGACCGUCUGCACAAGACCAACAACUUCCCCGAGUUCACAGGACGCGUGUGCCCCGCGCCGUGCGAGGCCGCGUGCGUCGCUGGCCUCGUUGACGACCCCGUCACCAUCAAGAACACUGAGUACGCCAUCGUGGACCGCGCCUUUGACGAAGGAUGGAUCGUGCCGCGUAUCCCGCGUCGUAAUGGCCUGCGUGUGGCCGUUGUGGGCUCUGGCCCCGCUGGUUUAGCAGCCGCCGACCAACUGAACCAGAAGGGAUAUCACGUCACAGUGUACGAACGUGAGGACCGCGUCGGUGGUCUACUCAUGUACGGUAUCCCCAACAUGAAGCUGGACAAGAAGACGGUCAACCGUCGUGUCGAUCUCCUGCAACUAGAAGGCAUCGAGUUCGUCACUAACGCCGAGAUUGGAGUGAGCCAUCCCGUGGAGCAGCUGCAAGCCGAGAACGACGCCGUCGUGCUGGCUCUGGGCUCCACUGUCCCGCGCGAUGUGGACAUUCCUGGCCGUGACCUCAAGGGCGUCCACUUUGCCAUGGAAUUCCUUACUAAGAACCAGAAACGACUCAUUUUGACAGUGGACGGCAAGCUGCAGAGCGGAUGGGACCGCGACUUUGUCACGGCUGAAGGCAGAGACGUCGUGGUCAUUGGAGGCGGUGAUACCGGUACAGACUGCAUCGCUACGUCCAUGCGUCAACGCUGCAAGUCGGUGGUCAACCUGGAGCACAACCCGGAGCCCCCGGCUCAGCGUGCCCCGGAGAAUCCGUGGCCUGAGUACCCGCGUAUCUUCGGAGUUGACUACGGACACGCUGAGGUGCGCUCUGUGUUUGGAGAAGACCCGCGUAAGUACGCGCGCGUCACGAAGGCGUUCAAGGGCAACGAGAACAACGAGAUCACUCACGUGGUGACUGUGAUGGGCGACAAGGACCCCAAGACCAACGCCAUCACGGAGAUCCCUGGUACGGAGGAGGAGAUUCCGUGCGACCUGGUGCUGUUCGCUAUGGGAUUCGUCCACCCGGAGCAGACGAUCGCGGAGUCUCUCGGAUUGGAGAUCGACCAGCGUCGUAACAUCCGCGCGGCGUACGGCAACUACCAGACGUCAGCGGAGGGCGUGUUCGCUGCUGGUGAUUGCCGUCGUGGCCAGUCUCUAGUGGUGUGGGCGGUUAACGAGGGUCGCGGGGUAGCAGACGCCGUGGAGAAAUAUUUCCUGCAGGAAGGCUUUCAGCCUGAGGUGUCCCAGAACCAGCGCUUUGGUUAA